AUGGACAUUGGAGUGUCUGAGUUGACAAACUCCAAUGUCAACAAUAUUAGUGUCGAGCAAAGCUCAGUGACACUUAGUGAAACGGCACAGCAAGUUAAGGUCGAAUACCUUGUUAGUGAUGUAACAUGUGACGGUGGCUCACUGGAUGUCGGUAGUGAUAUCGGCUCUCGUAUAAAGCAGGUUAAGGUAAAGGAAUUUAUCAACCUUGGCGAUGAUGGUAUCCCAAGUACUUUAAGAGGUAAGGUCUCGUCAAGGAGACGGCAGCGUCGCCAGAUGGCGGCUGCGAGACGCAAAGCGUCUGUUUUAUCGCAUAGUAAUGUCAAUGACCAGUUGUACACCCUGGUCAACGGAGUGACAGGUGAUGUAGAUGGUGAGGUUGACCUUGAGGCCCUCCCAUCAUUAAAUGCUCUCUUAGAGCUAGACGAAAUGUCUGUGGAUGAGUUUCAUCAAGCCUUGAAGUCUGGUGAUCUAUCCGAUAUGGUGGUCAUUCGAUCUGACCUCGAGUUGAACUCAUCCUCGCUUGUCGAUGAGACAGUUCUUGAAGAUACAAAGGCGGCACUUAGUGCACGUAGUGGAUCAUCUAUUUUGAAGAAUCAUUCAGAUCCUUACUACCCCUUAGUUAAGGAAUUUAAGGACGUGGUCUGCUAUGAUCCACCGUCGAUUCUGCCCCCUGAUAGGGGUGUACGUCAUGAAAUUGACUUGGUUCCUGGAACCAAAUACUGCGUAACACGGCAGUGA